AUGAGCACCGAGCCGUUGACCGUCCCGUCGGGUGUCUAUGUGCCCAUCCCGUCCUUCUUCAUGAACGAGCGGAACGGCGAUCCGGACACUGAGACGACUGUCAAGCACAUUGAGCGUCUCGUCAGAGCAGGGGUCCAGGGGAUCAUUGUCAACAGCUACAUUGGGGAAGGCUCCCUCGUCCGUCCUUCCGAGUGGAAGGGCGCGAUAGAGACCGCCGCCAAGGUCGUCAAGCCGUUGUCCAUCUCGCUAUGUGUGGACUGCAGCGCGCCCAGCCUGUGGCUUACCUGCGAACGCAUCACCAUCGCGCACGGGUCCGGUGCCGACUUUGUCUUCGUCCUCCCACCUUCCACCUACAGCACUGACCUCCUCCCUGCCGACUACAUCAACUACUUUACCCAAGUGGCCGCCCAGUCGCCCGUCCCCGUCGUCAUAUAUGAGUGGCCCGACGCAUCCGGCGGCAUCAAGCUGGGCGAGAGCAUCGUCGACGUGGUCUCGGCGCACAAGAACAUUGCCGGCAUGGCGUGCGCCGUGAAUGACGGGAUGCGGAGUGUGGCCCUGUGGCAGUGGGACGAGAAUGGGCAGCGCAAGUCCACAGGGUCAUAUGUGCAGAAGAAAGCGGUGGUCAGCGGCAUUGCGAACAUUGUGCCAGCGUCCGUGACCCAGAUGUACCCCAAGGAGGGAUGGAACAUACAAGAGCAGCGCCUCCAGGCGUGGGAGGAGGCGGCGGACCCGCUCGACGAGGGCGGUAUCCCUGCUCUCAAGGCCACCCUCAUGCACCUGUUCAACUAUGGCGGGACAUGCCGCGACCCCUUGCCCGCGGUCGCUGACGGGUCGAGUGUCCAUGACGCAGUGUAUCGCCUCCAACCUGCUCUGCGGAACGAAGAAGGCGUGAUUGAGAAAGACAAACGCGCGCCGAUCCCACCAGACCCACGGGCCCCACGCCCACACCGUAAACCAAGCCUCGUGUUGAACCACCGCCUCUAUACGGUCCCCAUCCCGUCCGAAAACACGGAAACCUAA